AUGGCAUGCCACCCUGUUGAAAUUGUUGUUCAUUGGACGAAGCAAGAUAUGGCACAAUCAAGUGAAUCUGGGUCAUGUUCUUCUUCGGAGCAAAAUAGGAACCACAAUGAGUGGUCACCUUCCCUUAAUUUGCUUGAGGAACGGAAUGAAGGAAAUCACCAGUUACGUUUGGGUCUGCUUAAGGCUGCACUAGCAGGAAAUAUAGAGGAAGCUAAACGUCUGAUUAAUGAUAAUUCUUCAAUGAGGCUAACAAGUGCCGCUAUCACAGAGGGACAAGAAACAAUUUUUCAUGUAGCAGCAGGUGCAAAACAAACUGACUUUGUGGAGAAGAUGAUUGAUUUGAUGACAGAUAAUGACCUCAGGCUGCAAAACGAAAAAGGCAACACUGCCUUCUGUUUUGCUGUUAUGGCUGGGAGUGAAUCAGUUGCUGGGAAAAUGUUGGAAAAGGAUCCUACCCUGCUGGGAAUCCGUGGUGGGAAACAAAUGACUCCACUGUAUUUAGCUGCAUUGUUUGGAGAAAGGGAAAUGGCGUUAUCUUUAUACCGUCGACAUUAUAAAAAUAAUGGUAUAUUGACUGGGUUGGACAAAAAACAAAUAUUUUUUGUAAGCAUUGAUACAACAUUGUACGAUCUUGCGUUGGAAUUGCUAAACCAUGAUAAUGAAAAUGAACUAGCUACAAAUUCUUACAUGCAUGGCGAGUGUCCUUUAACACCCUUGCAUAGGCUGGCUUUGACGCCCUUGCAUCUGUUGGACCGAAGUAGCAAAAGUGACUUAUUAAAUCAAGCUCGAAAGUUGGUUCAACUUCUUUGGACGAAAAUAUUGGAAAAAGAGGGCAACCAAGUCGGGAGUUACUUUAAUGAUCACAGAGAUUUAUUGUUCGAUGCAGCUCACUUAGGGAACUUCAUAUUCUUAGCUGAACUCAUCAGCAUUUAUCCUGAUCUGGUUCAUCAAAAGGAUGAUCAUCAACGCACCAUCUUUCACAUUGCAAUCAUGCAUCGUUAUGACGAUUUAUUCAAAUUAAUUCAUAACAUAGGCUUUAAUAAACAGUUGUUAGCAUCUUAUUUAGAUAAGGAUAACAAUAGCUUACUGCAUCUAGCUGCAAAAUACCCAAAUCCAAAACCAGUCAAUAUAGUGCCAGGUGCAGCUCUAGAAAUGCAACGAGAGUUGCAAAUCUUCAAGGAUGUUGAAAUGCUUGUAAUGCCUUCAUUUAGAGAGUUAAAGAACAAAAAUGGCAAAACACCACGCGAGUUGUUCACUAGUACUCAUGAAGAUUUACUUAAAAAUGGAGAAAAGUGGAUGAGAGACACAGCUAGCCAAUGCAUACUUGUUGCAACAAUCAUCGCUACUAUAGCUUUUCCAGCAGCUUUCAAUGUACCCGGAGGUAACAAUUCUAAUGAUGGCAUACCUAUUCAUCGAAGAAAUGUUGUGUAUCGUUUUUUUGUCAUGGCAGAUGCGAUUGCGUUAUCUUCUUCUUCGAUUUCAAUACUAAUGUUCUUGUCUAUCCUUACGUCCCGAUAUGCAGAAAAUGAUUUUUAUAGAUCAUUACCACUUAAGUUGGUGGUUGGAGUCUUGACGUUGUUCAUAUCUAUAGCAGCCAUGAUGCUAGCUUUCAUUCCAAGCAUUUUCAUGGCUUAUGAUCACCAUAGAUCAAAUGUAAUCCCUAUUCUUGCUACUAUAUUUGUAAAUUUUCCUGUGUUUAUAUUUGGUUUGUCACAAUAUGGCCUUUUAAGAGAUGUAUUAUACCACUCAUUUGUCCAUUCAAGAUGA